UGUGUGUGUGUGUGUGUGUGUGUGUGUGUGUGUGUGUGUGUGUGUGUGUGUGUGUGUGUGCGCGUGCGCGCGCGCGUGCGUGCGUGCAUGUGUGUCUUUCCCUCAUUAAUCCACAACUCCUAAUGCAUCUUUUUUGUGUCGGAGGAGCACUUGGUGAAAACCCACGCAGACACGAAGAUGUGCAAAGUCACAUCACCAGCUGUCCUCAUGUGUGUGUGGGGGCUAUGUGAUGAACACAGCCGCAGGCUUUGACUCGGCAGUGGCAUCUGCCAUUUGGUGCUAGAUGCCGAAUCGGGCGGUUCAGUUGGAACCGUCUGAUGCGUUCGAGUUGCUGAACUAAUUGUCAGCGCCCCGCGUCGCUCUGACCUCUUCUCUCGCCAAAGCAGAGAACACAGCUGCUGCAACCGUCAACACGGCUGCAGGAUGACCGCUGUCUUUUGCGACGUUGAACACAUCCGCCAUAGUGCUGAGCACCGGCGCAGAAACCAAGAGAUCUUCCAGCACCGCUGCGGCUUUGAACAAAGCUGCCGCGGCAAUGAGCACGUCUGCGGGCUCUUUCUCAGCGGCGGCCUCCGCCUCUUCGGUCGGUUCAGUCGGAGCCGCGGCUUCACUUGCCCAGAUGUUGUUAUACAAGUCUAGUAACCGACUGAGAGGGUUGUUCUGGUCUUCGGACAAGUCGGCUUUGUCGUUGCACACGUUUGCUACAGUGUUGAGCAGAGAUGCGUGGAUGCCGAUCUCUUCGAGUGCUGCUGCGGUAUUGAAUGCAGCCGCAGCAGCUUUUAGCACGGCUGCAGAAUCGCAGGUGUCUCUUGCGACCUUGAACACAUGUGCUAUUAUGCAUAGGUGUUGACCAGGAACUCCGAUCUCUUUCAGCUUCACUGCAGCGUUUCUCACAGCUUCUUCUGGACUGACGGGCUCAUCCCUGCUUUUGUCAAGGGGGAGGAAAUGUUGAAGAAUGCUCCUUACAACCUGACCGACUGCAGUGGCCACAUAAGACACUAGGGUUCGAAUGGGCAUGUUGCCGGUUUAUAACCUCAAAUGUGUUCGUGGACUUGAAACGGGGGAACUGCUCUUUUCUUUGUGUCUGCACUGAGGGAUCCUGGCUCACGAGAGAGAGAGAGAGAGAGAGAGAGUAUCAUAAGACAUUGGAUAAAACCAACAGAAUGUCAUUUGAAUCAAAGGCACGGUGAUGUCACGCCGGCGUCAUAAAGACCGGACUGUGUGGAAUCAAAGGUGUGGCGUGUGUGUGACGUCACCGUGAGUCGAAUGUUGAGUGAAGAAGCGGAAGUUAGUAUUAAGAGUGUUAUCUCGAAUUUAUUUGGUAACUUUUGAAGGAUUGUGUGUCUGGUCUGUCUUUUGCACAGGGACAUUUUUUAUCUCAUGCCAACACAGAAAACAGGAAAGACUUGAAAAUCCGAGAGCUGUUUGAAAAACUGAAUUCAAAACUCUCGUUUAGUGAAAACUUGUUGGUGAAAUAAGAAAAAUAAAAAUAAAUAAUAAAGAAGAAAAAUAAAAAAAACAACUGACAAACUCUAGUUUUGUGCAUGUUUCUGAUGUCUCUGAAGGAGAGGAAGAGGGACAGGAAGCCAAUACGUUUCAAAAUGCCAUAUACAUUUUACGUUGGUUUAUUCUUUUUCUUUUUUUUUUACAUCACUCAGUUUUAUAAUAAGAGCAAUGAAAUCUGAAAUGGGAACUGUCAGUAGAAGUCAGUGUGUGUGUGUGUGUGUGUGUUUGUGUGUCUUCCCCAGUUUCUACAUGUUUUUUCCAACCUCCUAAGCCAAUACAUGAAAGUCUCUAUCCCGUCGUCGCUGAGCGUUGAUGCUGGCACAUCACAGCUGCAGGCUCUGCCUCGGCAGUGGCCUCUGCCUUUUCAGUGCAAGAUUGGUUCUGUCGGAACAGUGGACGCAUUGUCCGAUUGGGACGAGUUGCUGGACAAAUCUGCCCCAUUAGUGUCACACGUUGCACUGAUCUCCUCCUGUGCCGCAGCACGGAACACAGCGGCUACAGUGCUGAGCACGGGCUCACGAACACCGAGCUGUUCCAGUGUCGCUGCAGCUUUUAACACGGCCGCCGAGUCUCUGGUGCCUCUUGCCGCGUUGCACACAUUCAAUAUUGUGCUGAGCAGAGGCGCGCGGCCAUCGAGCUCUUCCAGUACCGCCGCAACUUUUAACACAGUUGCGGCAACUUUUAAGACGAGCGCAGAUUCACAGGUAGGCCGGUCCCUCGCAACUUUGAACACGUCCGCUAUCUUGCAAAGCACUGGAGCCGGAAUUCUGAACUCUUGCAGUGUCGCUGCAUUUUUUCUCACAGCUUCUUCCACACUGGUCUCAGCUGCAGGCUCUGACUCACCCCUACAUCUGUCAGGGGGGAGGAAAUGACCAAACAGGCCUCUGACAGACUGCAGAGCCCACAACGAAAGCAAGGGUUAGAAUGUUGCUGGUUUACAACCUUAACUGUGUGCGCAGACUUGAAAUGGGGAAACUGCUCUUUUUAUUUGUUUCUGCACUGACGGAUCCCGGCUCACGAGAAACUUUGGACCUGCCAACAGAGUGUCAUUUGAACCAAAGGCGCGUCGAUGAUGUCACGCUGACGUCAUAAAUGCCACACUCUGUAGCACGUGUGUGGAAUCAAAGGAGCUAUAAAUGAGGCCGUGAACCAGAUAAGAGAUGGCAACGCGGUUGGUUGUGCACUCUUCUUUGGCGUUUUUAAUGGCGGCUGGCAACCAGCGUAAAAGGUGCAUCCAUCCGCACCUUCUGCUCCUGAGUUUUCCCUUUCCUCGGACAGUGGCAGAUGUUCAAAUGUGGCGGAAAAGCGAAAGAAGAGAGACAUGACCAACCAUAAGCCCGAAGCAAAGAGCCGCAGUGAUGAGGCCGCUGAGGGCCCGGACGGAGGCUGGAGCUGGCCGCUGGUCGGUGCCCUGUUCGUCAGCACGAGCCUCGUGUUCGGCCUGAUGCGAAGCUUGGGCGUCUUCUUCGUGGAGUUUGUCCAGUACUUUGAGGAGAGCGCUCAGGCCAUCUCUUGGAUCUCUUCAACAGGCCUGGCAGCACAGCAGUUUUUCAGUCCUCUGGGUGCAGCGCUCUGUAACGCAUACGAUACCCGGGUGGUGGUGAUGACGGGGGGCUUCCUUGCUGGACUCGGCUUCAUACUUGCCUCGCAGGCCACCUGCCUGGUUCACCUGUACCUCAGUAUGGGUCUCAUUUCAGGUUUGGGCUGGGGGCUGGUCUUCACCCCGAUGGUGGCCACUGUCGUGGCUAACAUCACGCGGCGGCGCGCCCUAGCGUUGGGACUUGGGUUCUCCAGCAUCGGCAUUGUCUCCUUCAUUUUCAACCCGCUCUUCCAGUUCCUGGUGGAGACGUAUGCCUGGCGAGGGGCCCUGCUGAUCCUGGGGGGCCUCAGCCUCAACAUAGUGCCCUGCGGGGCUCUAAUCCGUCCACAGCGGCGCCCGAAAGCCCCAGAAAAGGUGGAUUCUGAGAGCAGGCCAUCGUGUGCUGAGGUCCUGCGACGAGUCGCCUCCUACGUGGAGCUGCCGCUGCUCAUGGAGAGGCCUUAUCUCACCUACACCUCCGCCGUCACGCUGCUCAACGUCGGCUACUUUGUUCCAUAUUUCCACCUGGUGGCCCACAGCCGCCAGGCUGGCUUCUCAGAUUACCAAUCUGCCUUCGUCAUGUCAGCCGCCGGAGCUACAGAUAUUCUGGGCCGCGUGGCAUCUGGCUGGUUCUCGGACCUGGGAAAAUUUCGGCUGCUCCACUUACUGACCUUGUGGACGGGGCUGGCAGGAGUCUUCAUCAUGCUGCUGCCUGUGAGCUCCGUGUUCGGUUCGUACGCCGCACUGAUGGUGAUCAGUCUCCUCUACGGGUUCUGCUCCGGGGCUAUGACCUCGUUGGUUUUCGCGGUGGUGCCCAUGAUUGUCGGCGUGGAGCGAGUGAUGGGGGCCCUCGGGCUGCUGCAGCUCAUCGAGAGCGGCGCAGGACUGCUGGGGACGCCUCUGUCAGGUCUGCUCAAGGACGUCACGGGCAACUACAUCGCCUCUUUCAUGGUAGCGGGCGGCUUCGUCGUUCUCGGCACUUUGACCAUGACCACCCUCCCUCACUACUUCUCCUGCACGGAUCCACCGUCUCCUCGCAGACGUUCCCACGAUGACAACGAUAAGAGUUUACACUUUGAGUUGGAGCAGAUCAGUAGAUCGCCUUCCGACGCCGGUCACAGAGGAGUUCAGUGAUCUGGUAUAUAGACCUCAAGACUGUGUAUAGUUAAUGGUUUGGUUUCAAGGGUCUUGUUAAUACUCCAGCCAGAGUCAUGGUGGUGGGGCCUCCCUGAGAGUCACCUCCAGUUUGUUUGCUGUAGCACAUUUCGCUGGCUGGCCUCCAUUAUAUAUUAUUACCUCAGAUAUGUGACCCAAAGCGGAGCUCACUGUGAUACUUGACAGCAGAUAUGGGGCCAAUAUAGUUCCUCACUCUUGUUACACAUCUUAAACUCAGUUUCCUCAGUGUUCAGGAAACACACUGAAGUAUUUUAUUCACAAUGGCAUAGAAAAUCAUUCUCUUAAAUAGAAGAAAAGACUGUGAUUUCUCUGUGCCUUUUCUGAUGCACUUUGUACUGUUGUAAACUAUAAACCAGGUCUGCAGCUGAGUGAACACCAACUUUACAUGAGCAGGUCGCUGUGACCUACUGAUUUCAGGGUCCUUGACCCACGUAUGACCCUUCAUCCGACUGGCAGCUACUGAACAAUGGAGCUUCAGCAAUAAUUGAGAAGGAUUUUUUUUUUUUCAGCUGUUGAUUUCGUCUUAAACAUACAAUUUCUUGUCUUAACUGUUCUGUGUUAAAAUGUGCUACUUCGCGCUAAAUCUUCAUUAAAAUUUUUUUUGUGUGUCUUGGUCUUUUAACAUAUCAUACCAGGGGAGACAGGUGAGGCACCUGUCAUCAUGAAAAGAAAAAACAAAUGAUGAUAAAAUAAAAAAUAAAAUAAAUAGAUAUAUUGA